GCUGAGCCCCCUCCCCGCUGCCCCAGGGCUCGGCUGAGUCCUACACCAGCCGCCCCUCGGACUCGGAUGUGUCGCUGGAGGAGGACCGCGAGGCGCUGCGCAAGGAGGCCGAGCGCCAGGCCAUGGCUCAGCUGGAGAAAGCCAAGACGAAGCCGGUGGCGUUCGCCGUGCGCACCAAUGUGGGCUACAACCCCUCGGCCACCGACGACGUCCCCGUGCAGGGCAUGGCCAUCUGCUUCGAGCCCAAGGACUUCCUGCACAUCAAGGAGAAGUACAACAACGACUGGUGGAUCGGGCGGCUGGUGAAGGAGGGCUGCGAGGUGGGCUUCAUCCCCAGCCCCGUCAAGCUGGAGAACAUGCGGCUGCUGCAGGAGCAGAAGAUGAGACAGAGCCGCCUGAGCUCGAGCAAAUCCACCGACAACUCCAGCUCCAGCCUGGGUGAUGUGGUGACGGGGACACGCCGGCCCACGCCCCCGGCCAGUGGUGGCCUGGACAUGCCUAGCUUUGCCUUUGAUCCCGAUGAGUUAGAGGAGGAGGAGGCCAUGGAGACCCAGCGCUCCCCUAAGAGUAGCGUGAGCAGUGUCACCACCCCCCCCGCCCACAACAAGCGCAUCCCUUUCUUUAGGAAGCGAAGCAGAAGCAGAAGUCGACCGAGCACGUGCCCCCGUACGACGUGGUGCCCUCCAUGCGCCCCAUCAUCCUCGUGGGGCCGUCGCUGAAGGGCUACGAGGUCACGGACAUGAUGCAGAAAGCGCUGUUCGACUUCCUGAAGCAUCGCUUUGAUGGCAGGUGAGGGGGGUGGGCUGCAUGGCCAGGGACCCCUAAACCCACAGAGGGACCCCAAAAUCCAUAUGGGGGCACCACAGUGGGGACCCCCAAACCCAUAGAGGAGCCCCAACCCCACAGAGGAACCCCAACCCCAUAGAGGGACCCCUAAAUCCGUGAGGGGAGGACUCUAAUUCAACGAGGGGGACCCCAAACCCCAAGGCAGACCCCUGAAUGCACAGGGGGGAAACUGAAGUCAUGGGGGGACCCCACUUCUGUGGAGAACCCCUAAUCCUGUGGAGGACCCCAAAGCCAUGGAGGGACCCCCCAAGUGUGAUCCACAAUCCUGUGAAAGAUCCCUAAUCCCAUAGGGGGACCCUAAAACCACAGGGGGGGCCCUAAACCCAU